GCAAAACACUUCAUUCAACACUUGCACCACUGAGAAAACGGACAGUAACAAGCAAAUCCCUAUAACUGCAACGUUUACGUGAGAAAAAAGUGAGGGGGAAGGGUGAGGGUUAAAUCAAGUAUAAUUGGAGGGGGCCAGAAAUACUCAAUAUAAACAAUGUGACGUUAGUAUGGAAUAUUCAACUAAUAAAGUCAAUUUGGUAAAACCGUUUGCUAAAUCCACAAUAAUGCAAUCAUGUUUUGCAAUUUAAGAAAAACGUGAUCCCUAAGUCAAUAACAAAAAUAACAAAAUGGAAGAGAAAUUUACUGGCAGACCCAGUUUCACCGAAAGCCGCGGAGAGCCGGAGUCUCAGUUCCAGCCCCUGGACCAGCUCUAACCCUAUCGCAGGCCCUGCCCUCACUGUAAAGGGUUACAGCCCCGGGGCUCGGCCCGUCACUGUGAAAGGUUACAGCCCCUUAUGGCUACAGGCUCUGAGCUGGAGAGAUGGUUCUGGCCUUCAGGCUCCGUUCUUGCUGCUACGUACGGGCUCAAUUUCUGGCAGCGCAGACGUUCAGCAGCUCCUCAAUGAAGAGCCCUGGCAGCUGCUCGGAAAAAGCCUCUAGCCCCGCGGUAUCUCCGGCCAAGCGGCCCCGGCAGGACGGGAUCUUGCAGCCCCUGGAGGAUGGGACCCUCCGGCUCCGUUUCGCGCGGCUCAGCGAGAAUGCGCGGCCCCCGAGCCGGGGCUCGAAGCGGGCGGCCGGGUUCGACCUUUACAGUGCUUACGAUUAUGUGAUCUCUGCUCGGGAUAAAGCUGUUGUGAAGACUGAUAUACAGAUUGCAGUUCCUCCUGGAUUCUAUGGCAGAGUGGCUCCAAGAUCUGGUUUGGCGGCAAAGCACUUCAUCGAUGUUGGAGCUGGUGUUAUUGAUGAGGAUUACAGAGGAAAUGUUGGUGUAGUUCUCUUCAACUUUGGAAACGAAGACUUCAAAGUUAAGAAGGGCGACAGAAUAGCUCAACUGAUUUGUGAACGCAUCUGCUAUCCAGAACUUGAGGAGUUGAAGAGCCUGGAUGAAACUGAACGCGGUGCAGGUGGUUUUGGCUCUACUGGUACAAACUGAACGUGAUGUUCUGCCAAACCAUUUCAGACACUGCCUAAUGUCUCUUCGGAGAAUGUUACAAGCUGUGGAUUCUUCAGGAAACAGCAAAUUGAGAAAUGUAUAGUGAGCUUCUUACAUGCUUUGUGGGUAAUUUCAAGAUCCUGAUCUCGAUAGUGACUACUAUUCUAGUUAUGGACUCUAGCAGUAAAUCAACUGCUCGAAUCAUUAGGUGUAUUUCAUUUUUUAAUAUAUAACAAUAAACCAUUUUGACAUUA